UUGCUUGCCUGUGUACAGCCUAAGUGUUUAUUACUAACAUAAUAAUUUUAUUCUACACUGUAGAACAGUGUAUACAGUAUUUCUAUUUCAAUAUCAUAUCUGAUUAAAUAUUAUUAUUCUCCUACUGCAAUAGAAUCAGAGGGAGCAGAGUGUGGAAGCCACAGAGGAUCCAGCCUAGUCCAGAUGCAGCCAAACUACUUGGAUGGUCAAGGUCGAGACAACUCAAGGAUGAUGCCUCAUUCACAACAUCAAGGACCAGACAUGGACAACUGUAAUUGGCCAAUCCAUGAACCAGAUCAACAUCAAGUCACCAAUGAAGUAAAGUAUCACAUCCAACUCAAUGUUGAUAAUCGAAGUGUAUACUUGGAACAUCCAAUUGAUAUAAUUCGGUUAAAACCAGAAGAACUAGUUGAAGGAGGAGACCAACAACUCAAGGUAGAAGUUGAUGUGAGAAGUGGAGACAUAAAGCAAGAGAGUGACACCAGUUUGCGGAUUGAAAGCAUCUAUUCUCUUUCCUCAGAUAGGCCUAGACUGAACUUUGACUCCUCUGUAAUUGAACAAAUAAAAUUUGAAACUGGAGAAAUUAAGGAGGAACACACAUCCUUUGAAACAGACCAUUCAGAUACAUUGAUGCAAAUCAAAGGUUUUUCUUCUGAUGUAGUAUCUGAACAUAAUGAAAGUGAGAAUGUGUCAUCUGUAGUGGGACGACCAUUCUUUGAGGAACAGGGCGGUUCAAGCUUCCAUAGGUCUAUUGAUGCAACUCCUGGAAACACUGUGAUGAAAGAUUCUGAAGAAGAUUGCAAUGAGGUGGACUUACUAAUCAAAAAUGCAAGGAAGAAUGUGAUUUAUGCAGAAAGUGAUUGUGAAUCAACAAGGUGUCAGUUGAGUGGUGAAGAAUUCAGCAGCACAAGAGAAAUAAAUCUUCAUUAUAGAAAACACAUGGGUGGAAAACAUGCUUGCAAAUUCUGUGAUUACAAAACAACAAAGAAAUCAAGUUUCAUCACUCAUCUAAGAACACACACAGGAGAAAGACCUUUCAGCUGUGAUCUAUGUGAUUACAAAGCAGCACAGAAAUCAAGUCUUGUCAGUCAUCUAAGGUCACACACAGGAAAAAGACCCUUCAGCUGUGAGUUAUGUGACUUCAAAGCAGCAUGGAAAUCAAGUCUUAUCACUCAUCUAAGGACACACACAGGAACAAGACCCUUCAGCUGUGAUUUAUGUGAUUACAAAGCAACAAAGAAAUCAAGUCUCAUUAUUCAUCUGAGGAAACACAAAGGAGAAAGACCCUUCAUCUGUGAAUUAUGUGAUUACAAGGCAACACAGAAAUCACAUCUCAUCAUUCAUCUGAAGACACACACAGGAGAAAGACCCUUCAGCUGUGAUCUAUGUGAUUACAAAGCAAGACAGAAGUCAUGUCUCAUCACUCAUCUAAGGACACACACAGGGGAAAAAACCCUAAGGACACACACAGGAGAAAAACCCUUCAGCUGUGAUCUAUGUGAUUACAAAGCAGCACAGAAAUCAAGUCUUGUCAGUCAUCUAAGGUCACACACAGGAAAAAGACCCUUCAGCUGUGAGUUAUGUGACUUCAAAGCAGCAUGGAAAUCAAGUCUUAUCACUCAUCUAAGGACACACACAGGAACAAGACCCUUCAGCUGUGAUUUAUGUGAUUACAAAGCAGCAAAGAAAUCAAGUCUCAUUAUUCAUGUAAGGACACACACAGGGGAAAAAAUCUUUAGCUGUGAUCUAUGUGAUUACAAAGCAACACAGAAAUCAAAUCUCAACACUCAUCUAAGGACACACACAGGAAAAAGACCCUUCAGCUGUGAUUUAUGUGAUUACAAAGCAAGACAGAAGUCAUGUCUCAUCACUCAUCUAAGGACACACACAGGGGAAAAAACCCUAAGGACACACACCGGGGAAAAAACCCUAAGGACACACACCGGGGAAAAAACCCUUCAGCUGUGAUUCAUGUAAUUACAAAGCAAUACAGAAAUUAGAUCUAAUCAUGCAUGUUAGGACACCCACAGGAGUUAGAUCCUGAUCACAGUUGAAUAGCAUUGCCCUGUUCUCUAUUCAUUUGCCUCUGGUUGAUAUUCAUGCAAAACCAGACUCUCUCAUUUUUCAGUAAUGAAAUUCUUCUUCUGAUGGUCUCUUUCCUUUCUUGCAAUAUACACUGUAGGAGAUUGUAACAGUGAUAGUUAGGCCAGGUUAGGUUAUUUAUUAGGUUAGGUUAGGUAUUUAAGGCAUUUAUGUUUAUAUUACGCCCCAACUCCUGCAACUUUCUUACUUUCAUAAUUUUCAGCAGCUCUUAUUCUUGUAAGAAUUUUUGUAUUAAGGCUGUGCAAAUGCUAAAAAUAAACUUUCUACUCAUGAUAUUUUUCAAAGUUUUUCGAUUUGUAUAUCAUCAAGCUAUCAAAAUGAAAAAGUUUUCUCAGGAAAACAUAU